AUGCCAUUGGGAUUCUUUUCUUCUGAAUUUAGUGACCAAGGCACUAUGGACGAUGGUAACUGGCAGUUCUUUGGACUCUCAAAAACCCAACGUUUAUAUGCCUUUUGUGGAUGUUUUGUUGUAGGUGCGGUUCUAUCCAUUUUGUCUACCUUAUUGCUGUUAACUGUCGAUAUUAUCCUGAGCUCACACGUCAUUAGUUUGACUUUUAUUAUCGGUCUCAAGAAGCAAUUCAAAACUAUGUUCGCCCCAGUUCGUUUCUGGGCAACUGUCAUUUAUCUGGGUCUACUUAUUACAACACUAAUCGUUUCAAUUACUCUCAAAACUUUUGUGCUUUCAAUUGUUCUCGUGAUUGUUCAAUUUUGUGCGUUAGUGUGGUAUUCCGCAAGUUAUAUUCCUUAUGGUCGCGAAAUGAUUCGUCGUUUCUUUGGCAGUUGUAUCACAUCCAUUUAA